AAAUAACUAAAUAUCUAUAUGAAAUCUUAAGUAUUGGUUUUACAGAAAAAGAAAGAUUUUGCAAUAAAAAUAAAAAAUUAUAUCAAAAAUUAGAAACAUUACAAAAAGGAAUAAACAAACAAAAAAUAGAAAAUUUAAUAGAAAAAAGAAGAAAAUUAAUAAAAAAUAUUUUAAGAACAUUUU